AUGUCGUUAUCAAAUGCUAAGGCAGCCACCCAAGGAAUCGCAAAGGUGGCCACAAGCAGUGCCACAGGAUCUGCAGCCAGAAUUCUCCGUGGGAAUGUCACCAAAGUCGGUAAAAUGGAUAAAACUGCGACUGUGUGUGUCGAUAGGCAGGUGGAGCACAAUCUAACCAAUAAGCUCCUCACUCGCACUACAAAACUUCUCGUUCACGAUCCCACAAACGCAAUGCAGCUAGGCAACUCCGUUAUCGUAAAGGCUUGCAGACCACUGAGCAAACGCAAACACUACACUCUAGACUCCAUUCUCGAUCCAUUCAAGCACCAGCAACUCCCUAAACCACACCAAUUGCGUAUUCCAAUUCCCACCAAAAAGUGGUCUUAG